UGCCCAUGUUCUUAGAUGUAUUAGUAAAAAAAAUCUUGACUUAUUAAUUUUGAUGUUAAAAACUGCUACUUUCCUUGUUUUUUAUUAAAGCAGUGUUAGUUACCUUUUGAUUUUUGUUUUGUUCAAAUAUAGCAUAUGAAUGAUCCGUUGAGCCCGCCAGUUUGCAAUAUUAUAGUAGUUAAAGAGUUUUGUUAUAAUUUGGAUACAAAAAUUCAUGGGGUUCUUGCAAGUGCAGGCCCGGUUUAUGUUCCACUUAGAAAGGGAAUUGAUAAUUGGUGAAAUGAUGCUUAAUUUGACAUCGGUUCAAGGUGUUGCUUUUCAUUGCUCUUAGUUUGCUUUUCUGCUCUCUAAAAUAAUUACUUUUAUUUAUUUUUUACCUGUUUUGACGGAGAUUUUCCUUAGUUUUCAUCUGAAUUCAAGGUAGCUAUUCCCAAAAUAAGAUUUUCUAAUUAGAUCCUGAGUUAGAGAUCAGUUCAUGCUCCUCUAAUGUAACAUGUUGUUUUUUCUAUGAUGCUUCACUGUCUCCAUUCUUGAGGGGGGGAAAAUGUUGAAGGCUGAUCUGAGAGAGCUUGGUCCGUAUGGAGGGAAAGUUGAUACGGAGAAAGUCGACCUCUAAAACUGGAAAGUGAAUUUGUAAGAUAGUAGGAAUACAAAUUUCUGCUAGUUGGCGGGGCUGAAGAAAUAGACAAAGUGCUGCAAAAACAAUACCCAUAUAGAAGAGGAUAGUCAAAGAAUGACGCUCUUGAAGAGAUAUGUCCUUAGGCUGUUUAUAUCAUUGAAAUACAUCACAGCAAAUGUUGUGGACAGAAACAAUGGGAGAAUUGUUGCAACAGCAUCAACGGUUGAACAUUCCAUCAAGAACACCCUUGAGUGUGGUCGAUCUUGCAAUGCAAAAUCAGCUACAGUUGUUGGAGAGGUGUUGGCAAUGCGACUUAAGGUGGAGGGUCUAGAACAGGGACAAGGAAGAGGGAUUCAUGUCGAUAUGGAGAAAGAGGUUGAGAAAAAAGGCUUCAAGAACCGCACCAAGAUUUGGGCUAUUGUUAAUGCCCUCAAAAACAAUGGAGUAAAAAUAAUUCUUGAUGAGGAUAAUGUGAACACAUCCCGUCCGGAUUUCCGGUGAAUAACCUUUCCAAUUUCUAGUGUUUUGUUUUGUAUUGUUGUGCGUGGAAGAUAGUUUGCAUGCAUUUUACAAGGGAAACAAUAGAAAUGGCUGCUGAGUAAUACAUGACAAUAAUGCUUAUGAAUUCAAAUAAAAAUGUGUUGAUCUUUAGCCA